AUGGCCCUCUGCUGUGAGGAUUCAGGCCCCACAGAGGCUCCAGCUCGUCCUGAGGUGCUCGGUGGGCCCGAGGGAGUGCCAGAGCCCCUGGUGCAGUGCACAGCCUGGCUGGAAGCCUAUUUCCACGAACCUGCAGCCACGGAGGGGCUUCCCUUGCCUGCUCUCCAUCACCCUGUGUUCCAGCAAGAUUCAUUCACCAGACAGGUGUUAUGGAAGCUGCUGAAGGUUGUGAAAUUCGGAGAAAUGGUUUCUUACCAGCAAUUAGCAGCCCUGGCAGGCAACCCCAAAGCGGCUCGUGCAGUAGGAGGAGCGAUGAGGAGCAAUCCGGUCCCCAUCCUCAUCCCCUGCCACAGGGUGAUUCGCAGUGACGGUGCCAUCGGCAAUUACUCUGGAGGAGGACAGACUGUGAAAGAGUGGCUUCUGGCCCAUGAGGGCAUCCCAGCUGGACAGCUGGCCUCCAAAGGCUUGGGUCUGAUUGGGAGCUGGCUCAAGCCAUCCUUCGAGUCUACCAGCCCCAAGCCGUCUGGCCGAAAUUGAGUAACCGUUUGAAUGACACAUAGAUGUAAUGCGGUGUUGGGAGCGGAUGUGUGGUGGGUACCACUAUAUUAAAAGAGCUGCAUGUGUCCUGGGGGA